GAACAUCAACAUUUUUUCUAUCGGCAUAGGAUUUUCUUUUUUUGAGGAAAUUGAGUUUAGGAAAAUUAAGGAAUCAUGGGAUACGCGCUUGAUUUAUUAAAUAAGGAUUAUGAGAUCCAGAAGCCGCUUAGUAAUGACUUGUACAAUCCAAUUUUAUUGGGCGUUGCCGGCUUUGCUAGUAUCGCAUUUUCCAAUUUUAUUAUGCGAAGACCACUAAUGUCAGGCAUUCAGAGACAUGUAGCAGUUGGAACAGCCGGUGUAUUCUUUGGAUGUUGGGUCAAUAAAAAGCGAGAUGAACAUUAUGCUGAACGAGAUGCUGUAUUACGCCAUUAUGUUGAAUUGCACCCAGAAGAUUUUCCAGAUCCAGACAAAAAGAAAUUCGGUGAAAUCCUAAUGAGAUGGAAUCCCAUUCGUUAAUUUAUUUCAUUUAGUUCUCUUUGUCAAUAGAAAUUUCCUUCAAAAAUAUAUAAACAAUCAGUUUAUGUGCUGAAAUAUUGUG